AACAGGGGAGCAGAGAGAAUACAGAGGAAAACGCAAGGGAGAGAUCCAUGAAGAAGUCUUGGAAAUCUACACUGCUCCUGUCGUGCCUCUCCUGCUUAAUCUUCACGUCGCUUCACGUUCCGGCGUCUUCUCAGCGAUCUCCAGGGCGACGCAGAUCAAUCGUCGAGGGUCGGGCUCUCCUCAGCUUCAGGGAGACUCCAAAGGGUAGCAACAGCUCCUUCGAUUGCUCUCCUUCUGGGGCUUGCGUUCCCUGCCUUUAUUCCGAGAAGAAAGAUGAAAAAUACCACUGCAGUGAGACCGGCUAUCGUAUCCCUUUGAAAUGUGUAAAGAUAGGGAAUAGUAAGGUUGUUAAUGGCAAAACUCAAAAGGGCCGCCUGGUGAUGGAUACCUUUCAUAAGAAAGUAAAGGGACUUGAUAUGCUCCAUGAAGAUGCUGAGCCUACUAAGUCGAUGAGUGUCAGAGCUUUACUGGAUGACUCAUCCAAAUCAAAAGAUAGGCAGGGAGAAUACAUCACUUUCAGAAGCUGUAUACCACCUUUAAACGAGGAGAAGUUGUCAGUCAUUGGGUUUGAGGUCAUCCUAUUAUGUCUAUUACUCGCGAGUGGCUCAUUUAUCUACCUCAGGAAAAAACGGUCUGUCACUACAAUGCCAGGGGUUGCAGCAGUAAGGAUCGCAACGAAUUCUAGAUUUUAGGUCGCAUAGUUGGUGGCAUCUUGAGGCGUGUCUCAUAAAUAACUGACAUGUCAAAAAGUGCAUGCAAGUUGCUUGUGAUUUUUGCAUGCACUUGGAAUCGCUGAUGGCAGGUCUGUGCGUGAUCUGCGAAUGAUUCAACUGGAACAUAUUGCAAGCGGUCAUUCUUUCAGAUUUCGUCCAGUCUUUUGAGAAUGAGGAGACAGUAGGCUAGCCAAACAGAAUGAUAUAAUAGUGUUUUGGGGCAAUUUUACGUUUUCUCUCCAGUUUUCUGUAAGUUCUUCCAGCUUCAGUUUCUACGGUGUAAACCCUUGUAAAGAUGAGAAGUGCUCGAUUGCAUAUGCAUUUGUGGUUUGGACCUGGAAUACUACAAACCUGACUUGUUGAGAUGAAUUUUUUGCUGCCUAUUCUUUUUCA